GUCUGCGAAUGGAAACUGCAGUUACAAGGCGCUUAUCGAACAUCUCGGAUUGGGCAGUGAUGACAUUCAGAUGACGUCCAUGCGGCCCGUGUUAAACUGGAAAAUCCCUACCCUUGUUUAUACAGACCUGUAUGUGACCUCCAUCACAGAAGUGAAUGAAAAAGCCCAGAGUCUCUCAACACAAGUCACAAUUGCGCAUGGUUGGUUCAGUGAGUUCACGAAAUGGAACCCAGUGGACUUUUGUGGAAUCAAAAUAUGUCCAGUUAAAAAGGAUAUGGUUUGGUCUCCUGACAUCAUCAUCACUGAAAGCAUCAAGACUGAGUUUGCAACAAAGGAGAAUCCGUAUGUCCAGUUGAUGUGUGAAGGCAUUAUUGUGGCAUCUAACACUUUUGCUGUGACCACGGCCUGCAAGAUGAACCUGCACCGAUUUCCCUUCGACGUCCAAAUCUGCACUUUUACCCUCCAGUCUCCAAUCCAUUCAAAGGAGGAGCUCAUAAUCCGUCCGUUCUCUGGCGCAUCAUUCCUGACCCUCAGCUCCAAGCAGGCCUUUCAGACUCAGGGAGAAUGGGAAUUCCUCAGUAUCAACAUGUCUAACACCAAUGUCUCUUAUCUAGGACAACAACAGGAUCAGCUGAUAUAUACGAUCACCAUGAAGAGGAGGCCGUUACUGUAUGUCAUUAACUUUCUAAUGCCGGUAUUUUACUUCCUUAUUCUGGAUUUGGCCUCCUUCUUCAUCGAUUCAAGUGGAGGAGAAAAGUUGGGUUUUAAAGUAACUCUGCUUCUGGCUAUUUCGGUGUUACUGCUGCUUCUUCAAGACAUGCUGCCCUCUACUGCCAGUGAUAUCCCCCUGAUUGGGGUUUAUUGUGUGGUCAUUUUCACUCUGAUUGGCAUCAGCGUUCUGGAGACCAUUCUUAUGAAUUUUCUGAUGGCUAAAGCAAAUCAGACAGAUGCAGGAAGACCAACGCAAAGCUCAUCUGCUCUUUCUGAUGCUGUGAAGGACACUAAGGGCCCUGCGGACUCAGUUACAGACCGUCACGAGGAGCAGCUGUAUGCGCUGGAUGUUCUGAAGCAGAUCCUCAUGCAGUUUCAGGCUUCUGCUACUCAUCAGAACCAACUAGAGAAGAAAUCCCUGAGCUGGACCAGAGUGGUAUCAAUAAUCAAUCUGAUCUUCUUCUUUCUGUAUGUAACCACAGUUAUUGUGUUUCUGAUAACGCUGUCUGAGGCUUGGUUCAUGUGAGUAAAUGUCCACUUAUGUACCUCUACGUGAGAUGCAAAGGCUUCUUCUGCACGACUAGAUUAUGAUUAGAAAUAGCCAGUGUUGGUUUUCUAUUGUAGUUUAUGCACAUUAUACUAUUAUAUAGAAAUAAAAUAUAAAUACA